AUGUCCCCGCGCUCCCGGGAGGACCCGCGCCGCUGUGGCGAGCCCCGGUGCCGAGCCCCCGACGCCGGAACCGCAGGCUGGAGCACAGAACACUCCGCCCGGGAGACGCGUGGCCGCGCCCCUCGCCGUUCCCAGCCCGGCUCCCGCCGCGGUCCGCGCGGCACCCCAGCUGGCUCGCCCAGCUCCCGCCGCGCUCCUCCCGCAGCUCCAGACUACAGACCCCGGCGGCCCUCGGUGCCCAGCGCCAGAUGCGCCUCCCGCCGGCUGGCUCGGCCUCCGCCCUGCGUCCCCCACAGGGCUCAGUCCGGCCAAGGUCGCGGCUCCAGCUACCACCUCCACCACCGCCGCCGCCUCCUCCCCGGCAGCGGCUCCAAGGCACUGAGAGGGCCUAAGGCUGCCCCGGCGCCGGAGCGCGGGACCCACCUCCCCGCCCGCGAGCCUCCUGCAGGAGCCGCUGGGUCUGCACAGCCGGUCCUUCCCAACACACCCUCCCCGUGACGUG